AUGGACGCAUCGUCAACGGCGCAGUCGUCGGCACUCGACAAGGUCGAGCUCGACAUCAACUUCAACCAACGAAUUACUGGUCGAGUCGAAAUCGAGAUUCAUCCGGAAUCCAGCACUUUCCAGGACAUUUAUCUCAAUGCUCGCCAAUGCAAGAUCCGCAAUGUUGUUAUCAAUGGCGUCCAGACUCCGAACUACUAUCAUGUCGAUCCCUGCAAAGAGACUGUGCUCAACUUCAACGCGAACGCCCACCAACAUCAUAUACUCGCUGCCAAGAUCGACAGCGUGCGACAAAGUCAGCCACGACCGUUCCCGAACCUGGUCAUUUCAGUGCCGCCUGCCGUGAAGAUAUCGGAGGUCAACGAGAUCGACGUUCAUACAACUACAGGCAACACAAUUAGAAUUUCAAAUGACACGCAGAACGGUAUCAACCCGGCGGAUGCAAGUGGCCUCGCAGGCUCCUCGAGCGCCAAGUACACACCUUUGACUGUCUCGAUGGACUUCGAAAGCAACCAUAUGGGCGAUCUGGUCCAGUUCAUCACCAGUGAUCGAGGCAGCGGUCGCUGGCCACAUGCAUACACGCGCGGAAAGCCUGGUGGCGACGUAGCUGGUGCACUAUUCCCAUGUGUGGACUCGCUGUAUGCUCGAGGCUUCUGGGAAAUUUCGAUAACGAUUCCGAAGACUGUUGGUGAUGCACUGGCGCAGUUCCAGCCCGAUCUAUCAAGUCUCUCGUUAAACGAAAAGCCGAAAAAUAUAUCUAGGCCAGCACAUGAAAACAAGGAGAUGGUCGUUGUGUGCUCUGGAGACUUCGAGCACGAAGUUGUGUCGAAAACUGAUCCGACCAAGAAGAUCGUGACCUUCAAUUGUCUCGAACGAUUGUCCGCACGACAGAUUGGCUUUGCGAUCGGCCCUUUUGAGCGCGUCGAUCUCAAUGAGCUCAGAAGUCCAGAGGAGAAGGACAAGCUAGGCGACAAUGCUGUGCAGAUGCUCGGGUAUUGCCUGCCCCGACGUUCGGAAGAAGUCAAGAACACCUGUCUGCCAACCACCAGAGCAAUGGACCAGAUGGUGCAGCUGUACAGUUCUGCUCCGUUCAAUACGCAUUCGAUUUGCUUCAUCGAGGACUUGGCAGACGAUGUCACUGUGUUUGCCGGACUGUCCAUGUGCAGCACCCGACUGCUGUUUCCGGAACAGGUCAUAGACACCUGUCAGGAUGUGGCACGAAAGCUCGUUCAUUCCCUAGCCGCUCAGUGGCUAGGAAUUUGGAUCAUACCUGAGACUGCUCAAGAUAUGUGGGUCGUCGUGGGUAUAGCUCACUUCAUGACCGAUCUGUUCAUGAAGGAGCUUUGCGGUACCAAUGAGUACAGAGCUAGGAUGCGGAUGCUGUCAGACGAUAUUGUGGCACAAGACAAGGACAGGCCGUCAAUAUACGAAAUGGGCGAGAUCCUUCAUAUCGAUCCUCACGCCUACAAUUUCAUCGCAUUGAAGGCGCCAGUAGUAUUGUUCAUCCUGGAUCGCAGAAUGGCCAAGACUGCCGGCGCCGCCAAAAUGCCAGGCAUAAUUUCGAAAAUCCUAACGCGUGCGAGAACAUCGGAACUAGAGAACAACGCACUAUCGACAGAUUUCUUUCAAAAGACCGCGGAACGUGCGAACCACGGUCCGAUCAACGACUUCAUGCAACAGUGGGUGAAGGGAGCUGGCUGCCCGCACUUCAAGAUCACUCAGCGAUUCAACAAGAAGAAAUUGACGAUUGAGAUGCUGUUUGAGCAGAUUCAGACCACGGCAGACAAGGAGCUUGAUGCUUCUAACUUCGUGCGUGACGCACGAGAAGAGUGGAACGAAGUCUACGCAGCCGAAAAGCAGAACUUUUUCACUGGCCCGAUGACAAUAAGAGUGCACGAGGCGGACGGAAGUCCCUACGAGCACAUCGUACAAAUCAGAGACGGCUAUACUCAAAUUGACGUGCCCUACAAGACCAAGUACAAGCGUCUGAAGCGCACGCGUAAACAGCGCAACAAGGUUACGGCCAAAGCUGUGGAAGAGGAAGACGAGGAAGAAGAGAAGCGCUUGGUCUACUACCUUGGCGACGUUCUGCAGGACGAAGAGGACCUGAAGAAUUGGGAUCUCGUGGACUGGAGCCAGGAAAUGGAGAACAUGAUGCAGAUGGAGUCUUUCGAAUGGAUCCGCGCGGAUGCCGAUUUCGAAUGGAUUGCUCACAUCGAGCUUGGCCUUCAAGGCUACAUGUACGCCUCACAGCUGCAGCAAGACAGAGAUAUUGUCUCUCAAUUGCAGGCGAUCAACAGUAUCACCUCCUACAAAGCCGACAAGACAGUGUCAUCAAUCUUAUUGAGGACCUUGAUGGACCGCAGAUACUUUCACCGCAUCCGCUAUCUGGCAGCACAAGGACUGGUCAAGCAUGCACAUCAGAUCAACGAUGAGACAGGUAUCGAAGUCACGGUUGGCAAGAUUCACCUCCAGAAGGCUUUCGAUGAGCUUUUCUGCAAUUUCGAUUCCGGGAUGCCUAUCAUCCGUCCGAACGACUUCUCCGACGCUCAGCAAUACAUGGCUCAGGUGGCGAUUGUGGAAGCUGUUUCGAAGAUCCGCGACAAGAAUGGGAAUGCACCACACGACGUCAAGCUCUGGAUGUUGGACAAGCUCAAAUUCAACGACAACUCGUCGAACGAGUAUUCUGAUGCAUUCUAUGUGUCAGCCCUAAUGAAAGGCCUCGUCAGAACCUUGGUGGCGAAGCCGUCAUCUCCGCCUGACAUGGACGAUAUGGAUCUCGACCAAGUCCGUGCUGCCGCCGAGCUGAACCAGUUUGAAGCUAGCUGCGUAGAAGAGAUCGAUCGCUUCCGAAGGAUGGAUGAGUGGACGAACUCAUACCAGAACCUCUACUCUCGGACUGCACUGGAGUGUCAAGCUCAGCUAGCCCACGCCGGCAUCAUCAGAUUCUCACCCUUGCAUUUUCUACAGUACACCAGGCCUGGCAACUACGAGCUACUGCGGUUGGCAGCCUACAAGAUCUUGAUUGAACGAGACAUGUUCAACACGCAUAGUCUGGUCAAAUACAUUGUAACCUGCCUGGCUGUUGACAGCUCGCCGAUGAUUCGACGAGAACUGCAAACAGCGUUUGGUCGCUUACUCGGUCAGCAAGCAAUCGGCGAUGGAGCACACAAAGCCAUUACUAUUGACCAAUCCGCAUCAGCUACCAACGGCGAAGCAGAUCUCCUCGUGGUGGACACUGCUGCAAAUGAUGCUGCUGUUGUUAGUCGUGCGGAGGAGAUUGCUCGACGCUCGAGUCUCGAGGCUGCUCUUAAGGGUCUGAAGAAAGAUCUCGGCGAUCAUGAAACGCUGAAGCAAUCGCUCUGGGAUGCGGCCGAAUAUGAGAAGAUCACAUUUGACGAUCUCGGAACGAUACUGGAUUUCUGCCGUAUGCUCUACGAGCCAAAAGAUCAGAUCGUUGUCACCUUGCCAUUGCCGCGAUACUGGAAGGUACAACAUCUUGGUCAUGGCAAGCUCAAAUUCAGCCAGACGUCGAAAGUACGGACGAAAAUCAUGAAAGCGCGCUUUCAGGUAGCCGAUACUGCACCUCAGUCUGCACCUCCGCCAUCGCUACAAGAUAAGGUCUACAAUACUAUGCCUCCGCCGGGACCAAUCAAAAUAUCCAACCAUGCUCCUGUACAACAACCACAGCGGCAAGGGUCUCUUAAGCUGAAAUUCGGCCGUACACCCAGCAUAUCAGCUAGCACUAAUGCUGCUACGGACGAUGGAUACUUCGGAACCGGACAGAUCGUAGUAAAGCCAGAGGUUCAGACCCCGGCUGCCAUGCCCACACCACCACCACAGCCGUCGACACCGAUGAACGUGAAGCCGCCGCCAACGAACCAUAAGAAGCGUUCGGAGAGCCCAAUGCAGCUGAGUGAGCUUCCGCAGCCGCCACAGAAGAAGAUAACACUGAAGCUGGGCGGCAACGGAGAGUCGGACUCGGAAUCUGGUGGCAGCAAGCGCAGUACGGACGAGAGUCCCUCUCACUCUUCCCAGGAAGGAUACCAACGCACUGCCGGUGCCCAUACGCCGACCGAUAGUGGCGAUGACAAGGUUUACGUUGACUCGGAAGACGAUCACGAUGUUCACGCUCAUAACGGAGCACAGCCUGCUCCCUCAAGCAAUCGCCGUGGUCGCAAGUUGACAUUCACCGAAGACCCCUCCAAGCCAUUCGUCUGCCCUGUUUGCUCUGCUCGAUUCAAGUUUCGAGCCUCCCGCAACCGUCAUCGCCAAUUUUCACACGCUGAUAACAACCGCUUACGGUGUGGCGAAUGUGGCAAGAACUUCUUCAGCAGCGACGCCCUCGAGCAGCACGCUCGCUCCUGUGCCUCCAGUACUUUCGUCGACAAGCGCUUGAAGUGUGGCGAGUGUGGCAAGGGGUUCACUCGCGGCGAUAGGCUCAACGAACAUGCCCGAUCGUGUGGCUCCGGUACCGUCGUCAAGGCCUUUCGAUGUGGCAAGUGCGGCAAGAAGUACACGCGCCAAGCGAACCUCAACAAGCACGCUCGCACGCAUGGCUCAGGUUCCGUCGUCUUGAGUACAUCUGGGAACAGCGAGUCCAAGGACGGCGAGUCCGAAAACGGCGUGUUGGAGAACGGUGCGUCUGGAAAAAGCGAAUUCCAGAAAAUUGAUUCUGAGAGCAGCGAUUCUGAGAGCAGCGAGUCCGAGAGUAGCGACUCUGACGGGGAGUGA